AGGUAGUUUGAGCACUGGUGGACUGUGGAUAUGUUUUGUGCCGCAGAUGUACAUGCAGGAGCUCACCAAGCAGCGCGAGAUGCUCUACACCGUCGAGCUGGAGAGGGAGAGAAGGAGACAGCACAUGGCGUUGGUGCGGGCAUUGGAGAACCGCCGGAAGAUGGAGGAAAGGGAGAAGAAACGUCUCGAGGCGAGGGCCGAAAGAAUAGCGUCGAAAGAGAAACGCGCCGAACAAAGGAAGAUGGAGAUGGAAUUGAUCGAGCAAAUCAGAAAACCUGUGGAGGACAUGGAGCUGACAGAUCAUAGACCACUGCCAGAACUGAAAAGAUUACCUGGGCUCAAGUUGUCCGGCCAAGCUUUCGCGGACAUCGUGAUGGUGUUCGAGUUUCUGCACAACUUCGGGGAAACUUUGGGCUUCGACAUGGAUUCCUUGCCGAGCCUGAAGAGUCUUCAGUUGGCGCUUUUAAACGACGAGGAAGCGGAAGAGGAGAUGCUUUCGGUGAUGACCCACCUUCUAGUGUGCGCCAUAGAGGAUCCUGGAAUCCCCCAGCCGGCAAGGCACACGACGGGUCUUGGACAGAGCCUACGACAAGCGGACAUCACGCACGCGAACAUCAGCGAGGUGUUGCGGAUCUACUUGUACGCGAACGCAACCGGCGAGGUGAAAGCUUUGACUGGCGUCUGUCUCGAACGGGAACGCGACAAGAAGUUCGCCGAUCAUCAUCAAAACGGCGGUGACUACGCCUCGACCUGUUCAGGGAAAAACGCCCAGUUCUACGAACAUUUGCAUAAUAACGAGACCUGGAGGAUGUCCGAGAGACUCCGGGACAAGCCGUUUCUGGCCCUGAACCCGACACACAAGGCGCAGAUGCUCGCGUUCCUCUGCAACGAGCUGUUGCAGAAUAAGGCUGUGAUCAGACAGAUUGAGGGAAGCUUGGAGACGGUGGCUCAGCUAAGAAAGGAGAGAUUUGUUUUGGACACCAAGAUUAGAAAACUCAGACAACUACACAAUCGAAAGGUCCGGAUGGAAGCGGUCGGUGUGAUCGUGAAUAAAACCGGGGACACUAUCACUAUAGAGAAGAAGGAAGUGGACGAGGAAGGUAAUUCGACGUCGACGGCGGUGGGAACGACGCCUACGCCCGACGAAAGUCAUCACGAAGACGAGGUGGAGGACAUGUCUGAGAACGAGAGUGAAGGAACUCAGCCGGAGGAGGAGGAGGACAAGAAUCUAUCAGGCGAGGAACUAGGCAAGAAGCUGGACAAGCUGCUGAAACAGUCGGAGGAACAGUUACAGAAACUGAACAGUUCCUCCAAGCAGCUGCGCGCUCACAUAUUCGGGCAGGACAGGUACUGGAGAAGAUAUUGGGAGCUGGCGUGCGCCGGCGGCAUCUUCGUGGAGGCGAUGGAGAGCGCCGAGCCGGAAACCUUGGAACUGCAAGCCGAACUGGACGAAAAGUACAAAAACAUGCCGGUCGAGGAGAAGCCCGAGACGAAGCAGGAGGACACCAAGGGAAACUCCGAGAAUCGGGAGAACGAAGCGCCGAACGACGUGAAAGAGGAGAAAAAAUACAAUUCGAAUGAUCAAGAUGAGGACGUCAAGCCGCAAUUGGAUAAGACCAGGUCAGAAUCGGAGGACGUGAACUGCAAGAAGGAACAGGUGCAGAACUGUGGCACGGAGAACUCGACGAGCAUCAAAGAGGAGAAGAAACACGAUGUGGACGGUAUGAGCGACGCGAAGACCAAUGUCACGUCAGAGGAGAUUAAACAGGAGACGGAGGUGGUGAACAUGGACGUGGACGUGAAAGUCGAAGACACGAAGAAGGAGACCGAAGACAUGGACGAGGACAUGAAGCCUGUGAAGACGAUGGAAGAUAAAAUCGUCGAGACUAUUCCCAACGGCGAUAAGUUCAAUCACGUGAACAAUAUUCAUAACGGGAAGGAACUGAACGGCACGUUUAUUUCCAACAACGGAAACGAGUCCAGCUGGUUUUCGAUUCUACCGCGCGAGACUUGCGACACCCCUGGACCGAGUACCAAGCAGAUCUUCGGGAUAGCCGAGCCGACUGAGCUGAGAAUACCAGUUUUCCCGCCACCGGUUAGCCCGAGUUACGACAGGUGCGACAGUCCAGCACCCUUGAUCCUGACGCAGGACGAGGCGGUGCAGCUAGAGUACCUGAAAGUGCACGGCUUGCCACCUCCUGGAGAAGCUAAACCUGUGCAGAAAGAUCUACGGUACGGAUGGUGGAGAAUAACGGACGUCGACACGUUUCAAGAACUGUUGGAACACCUUCAUUCCCGCGGUGUCCGCGAAAAAGAACUGAAACGUACUACGUGGGCAACGAUGGAGUCAUUCUUGGCGGUCACGGGCAGAAUCAACGUUGACCCUGGCAAUUUGACCGCCACCGAGCUUCAAGGAACGCCCGACGAGCCCGACACGCCGAUCCCGAAACCUGACAACCCGGAGAUCUGGAGCGAGCAGGUCGCACUACGCGUGGACGCGCAGCUCUUAGAGCAAGUCGAGGCACUGGAGGACAAGGUCGCGAACGCCAGCAUGCAGGUCAAAGGCUGGAAACUGCCUCCGCGGGCGGGCACCGAGGAGGCCGAAGAGAUUGAGAAGCUCAACGAAAUGGAGAAGAUCAGCGCAGUGGAGCAGGCACGGCAGAGGUUAUUGUCUUUGGAGGCGGCGAUAGAGAGGAGAUACUUGAAGCCGCCGUUGGGAGUUUGCACUGGAGAUCCAAACCUAGCAGCCUUGAAGGCGGAACAAGCAGCGGCUGCGAACGCGAACUCGAAUAACUCGGAUCAGAGCAAUCAGACCCCGGUACCUCAAGAAGAAACGACCCCGAGGGGGCUGAACAAUUGGCGCGAGGCGACAGCCCGUGCCCACACGUCAGCUCAGCUCGCGAUGGCGCUUUACAUGUUGGAGGCCAGCAUCGCCUGGGACAAGAGCAUCAUGAAGGCUGUGAGUCUAACACCAGCUAGAAACUCGGUCUGCGUCAAGCUACGAAACCGCUGCGUCUCACUCAAAGCUACCAAUCAGUACAAUCAGCUAUUGACUACUUCUCAGGCCUCUAAUUGUCAGUUCUGUCACAGCGGAGAUAACGAGGACAAGUUGCUACUGUGCGAUGGCUGUGACCGUGGCUACCAUACUUACUGCUUCCGUCCAAAAAUGGAAAACAUUCCUGAUGGUGACUGGUAUUGUCACGAGUGCAUGAACAAAGCGACAGGGGAACGAAACUGUUUGGUAUGCGGGAAAAGAGUUGGCAAAAACUUAGUGUUGUGCGAGCUUUGCCCGCGGGCUUACCACACCGACUGUCAUAAUCCUGUCAUGCCAAAAAUGCCAAGGGGAAAAUGGUAUUGUUCAAAUUGCCACAGUAAACAACCAAAGAAGAGAAAUAGUAGUCGAAGGAGUCAUACCAAAGGGGGAGGCACCAGAGAAAGUGAAAGUUCUGAUCAUCCACCAGCUAGGUGAUUACGUUAAAACCAAACA